AGAAAUCUAUAAUUAAUGCCCAAUACCUCAGGCCAAGUUUUAUGUGGAUGUUGAGAUAUUAAAAGGAAAACACUGACAAACUUAAGGAGGAGUCAAGUCAACUGACUUUUACAAUCAUAGUUGUAGUACGCAGAUAUAUUAGACAUAAACAGCUCAUUUACAUGUAUAUGAAUUCCCCAAAACUGCUUUGUGAUGACAUUGCUUUUGUUUUUGAAUCAGGCCUAGAGUGUUACUUAUAUAUUAUACGUUACAAUACAAUUUCCAGACAUCAUAACUACAAAUUAGGACUUGUGGCUUGAAGUGUUUGCAAAAUUAAACUAUGAGCCGAAUAACAACAGUGAUUUUUUGGUGUGUAGUUACUUUCUCUACUUUGUUCUUCUUUUAUUGUGCGGCCAAGAACUCUUUUACACUUUUCGCACGUCUCACUCCCAAACUAACGGGAACGGCGCCUUUUGUUGGUGCCGUGUAGAAACUUUGAGGAUGAAACUGAAAGCGCGCUGAGCCGUUUUCGUUCAAACCUCGGACGCUCGCCUUCUUCGGUUCACCACCUGGUAUCGACCGCGCCGCCGCCGCCGCAGAGCCGGCCCGUUGUUAACACGCUAACUAAUGGGACUUAACGCCGCGGCGCUCGUUUCGGCCGCCGCUCCGCGGAUGAUGGCCUGUUUGGUGCCCGCCGGAGAGAUUUCCACCGCGACCCUUCCGCAUUUUCCUGCCGCUCUCGGGCUGUGACGUGUCGUGCUGACGGCGGCCUCGGAGCUGGAGGAGCGGGGGGCUGUAGCUUGACAAGAUCUGGCUCCAGACGUCCUGUCUCGCUUGCAGCGGACUUCCAGAAUCAACCCCUAACCCCUCCUUCUCUGCUCCUCUCCGGCCCGCCCAAAUAACACUAAAUUCCCGAUUGAAUCCAGCCCGAGUCUGGGGGAACCAGGCGGCCUGGGAAGCCGAGGCGCGGACGGAGGCCAUCCCUGCAGCUCGAAUCUGCUUUCCAAAAACAAAUGCAGUGCGAGGACAAUGGAUGAGGAUGUCACCAGGCUUGCAAUACAUUCAGAAGAGCCUAAAAUAAUACUACACGGAUCGGAUGAGGGUGGUGCUGGUGGGCAGGAGUUUGUUGUGGAGCUUCAAGAGACUGUGUUGGUGUCAGAAGGCGAGGGGGAAGGAAUGGCGGUUCACAGGUUUGCGCCAGACGAGCUAGUCAUCCAGGAUGCCGUUGAGGAUGUGGUUUCGGAGUAUGUACACUGCGAUGAGGACGAAGAUGUUGCUGUAGAAACCUGUGUGAUGGCUCUGGAGGGCGAGGAGGAAGGCGUUGCCAUGGGAGACAUCCCUGAAGAUGGGCUGGACUCAGAGCAACAAGAGGAUGACCAAGAUGGCUGUGGAGAUUACCUAAUGAUAUCCUUGGAUGAAGCAGGUAAAAUGGUAUCUGAGGAUGGCACUGAGGUAACUGUAGAGGGGGCUGUUGAAGACCAAGAAGUGGAGAAGGAUGAGGAUGGGCAGGAAGUGAUAAAGGUCUACAUCUUUAAAGCUGAUUCUGGAGAGGAUGACAUGGGAGAAUCAGUUGACAUUAGUGAUGGAGACGCGGAGAGCGUGGCGUUAACCGAGUCUUCAGGCCAAACGCUCAGAGAGAAGAUGGUCUACAUGUCUGUUGGCGAUUCCCAUCACAACCAAGGAAACCAUGGUGGGUCCAAGGUGACAGAUGAGGUAUAUAUGGAGGUGGUGGUAGGAGGUGAAGAACCAGUAACUCACGACCGCUCGUAUGACAGCGUGUCUCUAAGCAAGGACUUCAUGCCAGUGGCCUGGGCAGCUGCUUAUGGCGCAGAGGACAGCGAGAGUUGUGAAAACCGUAACGGUGCAGCCAGCGCACUGCUGCACAUUGACGAAUCGGACGGUGUCGAUGAAAUCAAUAGACAGCGCGCCAAAAGCAGACGACGGUCAGAGCCUCGACAGGUCCAGACAGCCAUCAUCAUCGGUCCAUAUGGUCAGCCUCUGACCGUUUACCCCUGCAUGCUCUGUGGUAAAAAGUUCAAGUCGCGAGGCUUCCUGAAACGUCACACUAAGAACCAUCACCAGGAUAUUCUGACUAGGAAAAAGUACCAAUGUACAGAUUGCGACUUCACCACCAACAAGAAGGCCAGCCUCCACAACCACAUGGAGGUGCAUGCUUUGAGCAGCAAGGCUCCCUUUGAGUGUGAAAUGUGUGGCAAGGAGUUCCACCAGCAGUCGGCGCUGUUCUCCCACAGACUGCAGCAUCAGCACCGAGAGCCUAAGACCCAGCCGCCUCAGACGCCCACUAAGAUGCAUAAAUGCAAGUUCUGUGACUAUGAAACGGCUGAGCAAGGGCUGCUCAAUCGACACCUGUUGGCUGUUCACAGUAAGAGCUUCCCCCACAUCUGUGUGGAGUGUGGAAAAGGUUUUCGACAUCCUUCGGAGCUGAAGAAACACAUGCGCACGCACACUGGCGAGAAGCCGUACUCCUGUCUGUACUGCGACUACAAGUCGGCCGACUCCUCCAACCUCAAGACGCACAUCAAGACUAAACAUAGCAAAGAGAUGCCAUACAAAUGCGAGCGCUGUUUCCAGACCUUUGCAGAGGAGGAGGAGUUAAUACAGCACGGAUUAACACACGAGGAGAAUAAGACCCACCAUUGUGCCCACUGUGAUCACAAAAGUUCCAACUCCAGUGACCUGAAACGCCAUAUUAUAUCUGUUCACACCAAGGACUAUCCACACAAAUGUGCUGUCUGUGGGAAAGGCUUCCAUCGGCCCUCGGAACUGAAGAAGCACUCUGUAGCGCACCGCACCAAGAAACUCCACCAGUGCCGACACUGCAACUUUAAAAUUGCAGACCCCUUUGUUCUCAGUCGACACAUCUUGUCUGUCCACACGAAGGAGCAACAGGCUUCUCCUGAAAAGAGCGAGCCUAAGAGGACAGAGACACACACGUCUGUGGCGACACCUAAAAAGUCUGCAGCUAGUGGCUCCAGCAGCUCGGCUCCACCUGCCAGAGUCAGCGCAGCCAGCCUGGCCAGCAGCGUCACCGUAGUUAUUGGCAAAGGACAAAAGGAGAGGAGAAUUUACCAGUGCCAGUACUGUGACUACAGCACCGGAGACGCUUCCGGUUUCAAGCGGCACGUCAUUUCCAUUCACACAAAAGACUACCCGCACCGCUGCGAGAUCUGCUCUAAAGGCUUCCGACGACCGUCUGAGAAGAACCAGCAUAUCAUGCGUCACCACAAGGAUGUAGUGCAGACAGAGUGACUCUAAGCGAGCCAAAUACUGUGCCACAACAAGAACAAUGCUCAAACAACAUCACACCCCAAUCACUGCACUCUCAGCACAACCACUCGCAAUGAAACGGUGUGUCUGUGUGCUGCACUUAGCCCAUUCAUUUGUUUUGUUUUUGCUCUUGUUUUUAGUCCUCGGCCGACGGUUUGUUUGGUAAUGUAUAGACAUGUACAUAACAUUAAUGCUCCGUCAGAACUAGCAACAGGACUCCUACGUAGACUUGCACUUUUAACUGCAUGUCCCUUACUGGCAACCGUGUGCAUGUCAGAUUGUGCAGACGUUUGUUUGUAGAUACACACUUUUAAUUUUGCAGGCAGUGACGAGUUUUCAAUCAAAAUGGUCCUAAUUAUAUCUCAAAACUAAAGUGUAAUCUGCAGAAGGUUUGCAUAAUUUUGCUAAAAUGUACUGAACACAACAGUAUGAAUUAGAAAUCUCGUCCCAAUAGCACUUGCAUCCAUCUCGGCAAAGAUGAAGAUUGAUAAAUACAGUAAUCAAGUAUGUGUAUAAUGAGCGUGUGGGUGAUAUUCUUUAAUUUUAAGCAUCUUUGGUGCUUCCUGAUGCUCUUUCCCCACAUCUCAAACAUCAUGUUUGCCAGCAGAAACACAAAGCUGGUGGUGUACAGCACAUGGAAUCCUUCUUAAAAGGUUUCAUACAUUGAGUUGACAUAGAUACACAAUACACAGUGAAGUUGUGGUUGUGUCAAAGUAAAAACAUACUUGCACACAUCCAUUACACUGAUCACCACAUACUAUUCUCAUAUUUCUGUCUCAAGAAAAUGAUGAUGAUGCCUUGACUGACAGUAUUUCUAAUCCAAUAAUGCUACUUGGGGAGUGAAAGUUCAUGAAUAUCCAGUUUUUUGUGGCAAUGAUUUAAACAUUAUUACUGUUGAUUAGCAGAGCGUACAAAUUACUUUAUGAACAAACUCUUUGUCAUAUAAACUGAUAUGUUAAAUCACACAAAAUUAUCUACAAGCAUCAGCAGGAUCCUGGUAUUUGGCUGCGUAAAAAAAGGCAGUGUCCCAUUAAAAGCGGCCUAGAAUCGUACAGUGUAUAUAUCUGGUGCUUCUGUUAUGAAACUAUGAACUGAACUGUUUUUGCCAACACAGAUGUACUUUUGCCAGUAGAAAGGGAAAACGUAUGUCUUUUUAGAUGCAACUUCAGAAGACAGGCGCUGGUGGUGUACUUGUACUAUGGCUUUUUACAUUGUUGUUAUCACCUGUGAUUUUCUGUUUUUAUAUUUAUUUCAUUUACAAGUUGUUGUAUAGUUAAGUGCGACUAGACUUCUAUGGGACGUAAAUUAUUGUUUUGUAUACAAAUCUGUACAAAGCGUGUAGAUGUAAACACUUGAUGAAACACAAAAUCAAGACGUGUUGUUAUGGAUGUACUUCAAUGUAUUUGUUACAAAAGGUAAUAAAAGCAAAGUAUUUUAA